UGGAGUUGUCUCCCUCUCUCUCCUCCCUCGUCUUCUUCCUGCUUGCUUCGCUCAUGCCCAAAACCCUACCUUCCAUCUCGAGCUCUAUAAACCCUAGCCUGAUCGCGUUGACGCCGCGCCAAGUUCUUCUCGCUAAACCUACAAUGACGGCCACCAAGCCCUCUUCCCUGAGCGAGGAAGACAGGAUGCUUCUUCAUCUGUCCAUAGCUCAGUACUUCCAGAAGAACGGCUUCCCGAAGACGCUCAAGAAGUUCCGCUCUGAAGCUCAGCUCGAGGAAGAUGGUUGGAAGGGAUCCAAAUUGGAUUUGGAAGAGACGUGCCUAAAAUUCUUGGAUAAGGGGAAAAUUACUUUCACCCAUUCCGAUGGUCUGGAUCAAGAUGGCAAGAAAGCGAAGCAGAGUGGAGAGGACAGCAAGAAUCUGGUAGCUGAUCAGUCUGGGGCUGCGGUGGAGCAAAAUACUAAAGAAAAGGAGACCAAAAAGAGUUCUGAUGCUCUUACAAAAGGAAGCAUAAGAGAGAGAAGACAGCCCGGUACUGAUGAUAGUACCAGUGAAUUGCAGCAGGCUGAUGUUGAGAAGAAGCGAAAGGACAAGAAGAAAAAGGAUCGUAAAUCUGUUCCUGAAUCUGUGUCGCAGGAAGAAACCCAACAAACAGAAACAGUGCCUGAAGCUACUGCAGGAAAAUCUGAAGACUUAACAACUUCCAAAGGAAAGAGUGAGGCUUCUUCUGAGGUGGAGAAGAAGUCUAAGGAUAAGAAGAAAAAGAAAUCCAAGUCCACUUCCGAUGGUGUUGCCGAUGAUGUUGAUGAGAACCAAGAUGCUAGGAAAUCAAAAUCUGCAACGAUGGACUCUAAGAAAGCUGGUUCUGAGGGGGAGACCAUAUCUUCUGAGGUUAACAAGGACAAUAAACCACAGAAAAGGAAGAGAUCAGAGUCUGAUGAAAAUGAUUCUCAACUCAAAGAUAAAGAAGAUCUUGAGCAAUCCAAACGCAGAAAGAAAGAGACUAAGAAGGAGAGUAAGGCAAGUGAGGAAAAGUCUGACGUGAAAGCAUCUCCAAACAAGGAAGUUGAUUUACUCAAGUCUCAGAAGACACCUUCCAAGCAUCUCGAUAGCAAGGAAAAUGGGAAUCUAGACAAAACUGCUGAGAAGUCCACAACAGCGAAGAACACGAAUAAGCAGUGUAAUGGGUCUGCUGAGGCUAAGUCAACAACAGUGAAGGCAUUCCAAAGGGUCAAGGUCGACGAGGUGGAAUUUGCAGAUAAUAGACUGAAAGACAAUUCCUACUGGGCAAAGGAUGGAGCAGAAGUUGGAUAUGGUGCUAAAGCGCAAGAGGUUCUUGGUCAAGUCAGAGGAAGGGAUUUUAGGCACGAGAAGACGAAGAAGAAGCGCGGGAGUUACAGAGGAGGACAGAUUGAUCUGCAGUCGCACUCGGUGAAGUUCAACUAUGAUGACGAAUGAGCUUUUCGGUCUGUUGAGGACACCUGCAAUUUUGGUUUUUUGAUCAUCACUGUGUCAUUGUGAUUCAUCUAUCAUCCCAAGGAUGAAUGUAACUUGUGCAACAAACUCCACAGACCCAUUUUUUGUCGGACGAAAGUCCAAAUCUGAGUGUUUAUUUAUAAUGGAACUUUGGGUUUCCAGUUUAUAGUUUUCAA